AUGCAGGCUGCACCCACCUCAGGCGCGCGUCAGAGCUGCGAUGAGGGGCGCGUGCAGCGUUUUCUGGCGAAGCUUGAGGCCGUCCUGGAGUCUGAGGAGCUCUCGCCUGGGCUUCUCAACACCAUCAAGCGCGCUGCUGGCUCCGCCCUCCAGGACCUCCCCCCGCCGGACGACACUACCAGCGACAGCGGUGGCGGCAGCGGCACGAACAGCGGUGCCGCUGGCGGCGGCUCGCAGACAGUGGCCGGGCAGACGGCGGCAGGCACGGAAGCCUUUGAGGCGCUCGACCUGCAGCUUCGUUUUGCGCACGACUGCCAGGCUCAGGGCUGUGCCGACGCCGCCUGCCCGCUCUGCGAGCGCAGCCCCGAUCGCCCGUGCAGCCGGCAGCUGGGCCGCAGCUACUUGGUCGGCGACCGCCUGGCCGCGCGCUGCGGUGGCUCGCUGCGGUUGGAGCUGGUGCGCCGCCGCACUGGCGAGCUUUACACUGGGGUGUUGCCCAAUAAGCUGUACCUCGAGCUCCGCGUGGUGGAGGGAGCACUGUACGAGGCGCGCUUUGCUGACCAGACCGCCGGGCUCGCGCGCGCCAGCGAGGCGGACAUAGAAGCCAUCAGCCUCCCCCCCGCAGCAGCCAACGGAGGUGCCCUGCUCGCCCUUAUGGGCGGCCAGCAGCCGGCCGACUUGAGCUGCGGCGGUCGCAGCGGCUGGGGCGGCGUGUCGACGCUGGACAUGCAGAUCCUGGACGGCUGCGCAACGCUGCCAGAUCUCCGGAUCAACGCCAGCGGCGAGCAGCUUCUGAAGGGAAAGGGCAAGAAGCCUCAGUUCAGGAUCCUCGUCCGCGCCCGCCUCCGCGGAUCCACCGAUGCCUCAGGCACCGCCGCCGAUGUAUCAGCUGACGCCAGUGCAUCUCUGAUCAACAUGCGGCCGGCGAUCAGCGAGGGGUUUGCUGUGGCCACGGCGCGCAUGAAGGGCGAUGUGAAGGUGGAGCUGCCGCUGACGACCGACGAGGCCAGGGGGAUCGUCAACCUCGGCAAGGCAGCAUGCGCCAAGCUCAAGGACCUCCGGGCAGCAGCAGCAGAGGUGCAGGACCAAUGA